GGCAACAGAGAGACACAAAGCGAGCCCUGAGCCCUGUUGGUUGCUCACUGCCAGCUGAGGAAUGGACGCGAACAGCAGCAAGUCCGGCGCCCUGCCGCCGAGGAACGCUGAGGCGGUCGCCCACCCCAAACCGCCAGUCCAUCCCCCGGUCCCGCCGCCGCGGCGCAGCGAGGUUGUCCUCCCGCCGCUGGAGACGCAGCUCCAUCCUCCGGCAGGCUUGCGCGCCGUGCAGCCCGUGUCCAUCAGCCUGCCGGCGUCGCCCGGCAGCUUCGGCGUCCCCACGCCCAGCGCCGCGACGGCCGACUCCGCCGACCUCCGGCGGCAGGCCAUGGCGAACGCGGCGCGCGGGCCGCACCGCCUGGCCGCGCAGGACACGGGGAGCAACAGCGUCCGCUUCACGCAGUCGGACAGGGAGGCCAUGAUGUUCCGGUCGCAGCCGAUACCCGGCCCGCCGCCCGCGCGGCUCGCGAGCAGGGCCGGCCGCAGCCGCAGCAGGGCCGCGGCUGCGAUGAACUGGGACAGGCGAUACGACUCGUUCAAGACGUGGUCCGGGAAGCUCGAGCGGCAGAUCACCCACCUCACCGGCGGGCCGGACAGCUUCGAUGACGACGAGGGCGGCGAAGACGUCGGCAACGUCAUUGGCAGCCACCGCACCUCCGCCACGUCCGUCCCCGAGGUCGAUCGCUUCUACGCCGCGCUGGAAGGCCCCGAGCUCGACCAACUAAAGCCGUCGGAGGACCUGGUGCUGCCGUCGGACACGACAUGGCCGUUCCUGCUCCGGUUCCCCAUCUCAGCGUUCGGUAUCCCCAUGGGCGUGAGCAGCCAAGCGAUCCUGUGGAAGGUGAUCGCGCUGUCGGUGCCGACCACGUUCCUGCACGUGACCUCCAAGGUGAACCUCGUGCUCUGGUGCGUCUCGGUGGCGCUGAUGCUCGCCGUCUCGGCCACCUACGCCUGCAAGGUGGCGCUCUACUUCGAGGCGGUGCGCCGCGAGUACUACCACCCCAUCCGGGUCAACUUCUUCUUCGCGCCGUGGGUCACCUGCCUCUUCCUCGCCAUCGGCGUCCCCCACACCGUGACGAGGGCGACCAGGCUGCCGCACUGGCUCUGGUUCCUGCUCAUGGCGCCACUCCUCUGCCUGGCGCUCAAGAUCUACGGCCAGUGGAUGUCCGGCGGGCAGCGGCGGCUGUCCAAGGUGGCGAACCCGUCCAACCACCUCUCGCUGCUGGGCAACUUCGUGGGCGCGCAGCUCGGCGCCACCAUGGGACUCCGGGAGGGGCCCCUCUUCUUCUUCGCCGUCGGGCUUGCGCACUACAUUGUGAUGUUCGUGACGCUGUACCAGCGGCUGCCGACGAACGAGACGCUGCCCAAGGAGCUCCACCCGGUGUUCUUCCUCUUCGUAGCGGCGCCCAGCGUGUCGUCGGUGGCGUGGUCCAAGAUCACCGGCGAGUUCGGACACGCCUCCAAGGUGGCCUUCUUCGUCGGCAUGUUCCUGUACGCGUCGCUGGGCGUGCGGAUCAACUUCUUCCGUGGGUUCAGGUUCUCGCUCGCGUGGUGGGCGUACACGUCGCCCAUGGCCAGCGCGGCGGCCGCGGCGAUCCGCUACUCGACCGAGGUGGACAACGCCUUCACCAAGGCUCUGUGCGUGGCGCUGUCCGCGGUGGCCACGCUCACCGUGGCGGCGCUGCUCGCCACCACCGUGGUGCACGCCUUCGUGCUCCGGAACCUGUUCCCCAACGACAUCUGCAUCGCCAUCACCGAGCGCAAGGUGAAGCCCAUCCUGGAGCUGCAGGAGAGCCACGGAAACGAUAUAGACGCCACAGCAGCUUGAGCUGAAGCACAACGAAGCUGUCAAAGAACCUCAGGUUCGAGUUAUUGCUCUGCUUUUCCAGUGUUUGUGGCCGGGUCAUGAAAUAAGUAAGUAACUAUAAAUAUAAUUAGCGCUGUUAGCGCCGGACGUGUAAGGAGAAUGCUCAAAUUUCAAUUACAAUAUU